AUGUCGUCCUUCUUGCUGCGCCGCGCCACCGUCGCUUCUGCGGGAGCUGCUCGCGCAUUCAGCACCUCCUCGCCUCGCUCCGUUGCCCGCAUCACCAUCAUCGGCCACUUGGCUGAUUCGCCCGAGGGCAUGACUGCCGGCUCCGGGGAGAACACCAAAGAAUACGUUAGAUACACCGUCGCCAGCAACAGCGGGCCCAAGGAUGCCCGCCAGACGAGCUGGUUCCGCGUUACUGGCUUCGUCGAAGGCGCGCGCAGGGACUUCAUCAUGAGCCUGCCAAAGGGCUCCAUGGUCUAUGUCGAGGGUGAUGCGUCCAUCAGCUCUUACACCGAUGCCAACGGCCAGAACAGACAAGGCCUCAGCAUCGUCCAGCGCAGCAUCGAGGUUCUGAAGCGCCCUUCGCUCCCCGAGCAAGGCGAGUAA